AUGCCAUGGCCCACGGCUGCUACUGAAGAUAGUAGCCUAUGGAAAGAUUUGGGUCUGGGGUCGUCUUGUGGUGUAGAACUACGCCUUCCCCUAUCACUUUCAAGCCAUGAAGUGCUUAUACAAGACAAGAUCAUCCAGGAUGCACAGGAUACCUCACAUCUUGUGACAUAUCUGGCCACCUUUCUACUCCCUAGACCUGGAGACAAUGGCCAUCGUAGGGUUCUGGUGUUACCGUUAAUGGGCCCAUGUCUUUCCUGGCAAGUCCUGGAAAAGACAUCCAUGGCAACUCGCAUGUUCGCUGCUCGGCAAUUACUAGAGGCUUUAGAAAAUCUACACAACGCCGGAAUUGUGCAUCGCGACUUGAAUGAGAAGAACUGUAUGUGGGGGAUCACUCCUCUUCACGAUCUUAGCAGGAGUGCUAAAUACGAAGUACACGGUCGGCCACUGAAGGAGGUUAUACCAGUUGUCGAUCUCUGGAAACAGGGAGAGCUUGUUGGGCCUCUUAAGAUCCCUGAGAACUUACGUACAGAGAAAUCCUAUCUUGGAGACUUCGGUUUGGCAGUGAAAGUUAAUACUCCUGUAACUCAUAAAGGCUAUCCGCCUAUGAAAUUUUGCUCCCCAGAUCGUCUUCAUGGAAAACACCCAAGUUUUGCCUGCGAUAUGUGGAGUUAUAUGGUUAUUUUUGGAGUGCUUUAUCUCAACGGCUAUUCUCCUUUCUCUACCGUUGCUCAUGGCGGAGUGAUAAGCGAUAUUGUUAGGUCUCUUGGUCCACUGCCUGAGCAGUGGAAAGGCCUUUACGUUUACCCUGGAGGCGGCCUUGAUUCCUGGUAUGAUCAGAGCAAAACACCCGAACCAAAUCGUAACCUUGCGUCCACAAUUGCAUACUUUCGUGCAGACGCAGAUCCAGUUGAGCGAGAGCUUGUUCAUUCCAUUAUGUUAAAGAUAUUCACUUACUGUCCAGAGAAACGUCUGACUGCAACACAGCUUCUGCAGGAUCCUUCAUUAGAGCUCUCAUGGAAAAAUAUGGCUGUUGAUUUACAUAUUCCCUAUUCGUUCUAG